AGCAUUUAAAAAUUACUGUCGUAGAUUUUAAAAGGGCGAUAACAUAGGAUAGGAGAGUACCUAAUUUCACAAGUCGUUGAUUUUAGGGUUUCAGUCUCAUUUUGGAGCGAUGAUGAUGAGGAGGCAUAUUCUCCGCUGCAAGAGUUUCUCUCCUUCUUCACCGCUUCUUCGACAAGUCUGUGAAUUUUCAUCAUCUUCUCCUUCUCCUCAGCCUCAGCCUCAGCCUCAGCCUCAGCCUCAGCCUCAGAGCCGCUGUGACGACCAUUUUAAUUUUUUUGGAAUCCAUGUGAGCCGGGAAAAACUUUCUAACUAUGGAAUCCACCUUCCUCCCAAUGCUGUGGAGAAGAAAUAUGAUACUGAAGAAGAAGAACACAUCCGAAAUGAGAAGAUGAUAUUUGAUACUAUUAUUGAAGAUAACAGACACGGGGACGGGGACGGGGACGACAUCCAAUACGCCCACCCAUACCACGCCGACCCAUACCACUCCUACAAGAACUCUCAGAAGAAAUAUGAUACUGAAGAAGAAGAUCACAUCCGAAAUGAGAAGAUGAAAUUUCAUACUGAAGAAGACGAUCACAUCCGAAAUGAGAAGAUGAAAUUGAAAUUUUAUACUGAAGAAGAAGAAGACAUCCGAAAUGAGAAGAUGAAAUUUGAUACUCUUUUUGAAGAUGACACACUCUACUACAAGGACGACGACGCCCACCCAUACCACUGAGAAGAAGAAAUCCAUCCACGUCGGCCACUAUGAAGAAGAAAUCUCUGGAGGACAUGUCUGUGAAGAAACUGAACAUGUUUUGACUAAACUCCAUGAUGUCUAAGUUUUUUGCUUUGAUCAAAACUUGAUGUUUUAAUUUUAUGCUUUCUCAGUUUUAUGGUGUUUGUAUUUAGUACAUUAUGACCUAUGAAUUAUGAGUUAUGUUUUAUGACA